GACGAAAAGGAGAAGACAAAUGUAAAAGGCGAUAGAAAACAUAAGCCUGGGUGAAAAUCUAAAUUGUUUGGCAAAUUUCCAUGUUAUUUUCUUAUGUACUGCUACUAAACUGAUUUUAAACCGAACUCAAAAUGGCCUGUCGAUUAUAUUCUAAAUUCAGCAGCAUUCCCGCUGUUAUCUCAUCGAAGUUAUUUGACGCAAGCACCCACUCUGCCCGAAAUGCAGCGACUAUGUCAGCUUUUGAUCUACAGCACAAGACUCCUGUGCAGAGAAAAACUAUUGCCGUCCCUAAGGCCCAAUACGGAGGACGGCACACAGUCACCAUGCUGCCAGGUGGGGGAAUUGGUCCUGAACUCAUGAACUACGUGAAAGAGGUUUUCAGAUCGGGUGGAGUUCCCGUUGACUUUGAGCUAGUUCAGAUUGAUCCUAAAAGCGACAGCAAUGAAGACUUGGAGUAUGCAAUCACUUCCAUCAAAAGGAAUGGAGUUGCUAUUAAAGGCAACAUCGAAACAGGAAGUUUAGACACUGGGGUCAUCAGUCGUAACGUAGCCCUGAGAAAUGAGCUCGACCUCUACGUCAACGUCCUAACUUGCAAAUCGUACGAUGGUGUUGUAGCGAGACAGAAAAAUGUUGACAUCUGCAUUGUGCGACAAAACACAGAGGGAGAGUAUGCUAUGCUGGAACACGAGAGUGCACGUGGUGUAGUAGAAACCAUGAAAAUUGUUACACAGCCAAAUUCAGAGAGGGUUGCGAGAUUCGCGUUUGAAUACGCCAGGAGAAAUAACCGUAAAAAAAUAACAAUUGUCCAUAAGGCCAACAUAAUGAAACUCUCCGAUGGCCUUUUCUUGGAGAUCGCACGCAACGUUGGCAAGGAGUACCCAGAUAUAGAGACUGGAGACAUGAUCAUUGACAACUGUUGCAUGCAGCUAGUGUCCAACCCACACCAGUUUGAUGUGAUGCUGAUGACCAACUUGUACGGAACUAUCGUGUCCAAUGUCAUCUGUGGUUUGGUCGGAGGUGCAGGACUUCUCUCGGGCAAGAACUACGGAGACCAUUAUGCCAUAUUCGAGCCUGGUACCAGGAACACUGGUACUGCGAUUGCUGGUAAGAACAUUGCCAACCCGAUCGCCAUGUUGAAUGCUGCAGUAGAUAUGUUGGAGCAUCUGGGCCAUCAGACACAUGCAAACCUUCUAUCUGCGGCCAUCAACCAAACUGUCAACGUAGACAAGAUUCACACACCAGACCUUGGAGGCACCGCUACAAGCACAGAUGUAGUUCAGAACAUCAUCAAACAUAUCCUUGAAGCGACAAAGUCAAUGAAGUGACGAGCUACGCCCGCAACGCUCUCUCGUCUUUCUGUAACCUUCUUCAAGGCGAGGAAGUUUUCUUCUCCAAACCGCCCUUGGUUUUACGUUAUUAUUUUAUUUGUCAGCUCGUAGUAAUUCUUUCAGUUCAAUUUGAAACUUAAUUUAACAGUCUCAAAUCAUUUGAAAGAUAUAUUUUUGAUAUUUAUUUAUUAGUUUGACUCAUAAACCAUUCAUACACCAAGCUCUGGACAUAUUGAAUUUGAAUAGUAAGACUGUUUUGCACUUUAAUUGUUACCAAUAGCAUAAUAAACAAUGAUGACAUUUGCCGUCAUUUCCUACUUUUAGCUGCUAAGUUAGUGUAUUUGAAAAGGUAUUGUUAUUAUUAAAAGUUAAUUUUUCUUGUUCCAGGACUAGACAUUAACGGAAUCUAAAGGUUGGUACAAAAAUUUAUUUUAAACCUUAAAACAAUAUGUUUUCUCCAAACUGAUACUGUAACAGUAUUAUUUCUGUAAAUGUAUUUAUUUCUCUUAACUCUUCUUUUACUUCUCUCUUGUUUUUUAUCAAAUAUAUGUAAAAAAUAAAUCAGUUAAGUUGUAUAAUGUA